AUGGCAACCGUUGAGCAACAACAGCAAACAGUCACACCCAUUCCCGAUGAUCCAACAACGUCAACAUCGUCGUCAUCGUCAACAUCACCAUCGUCGUCCGCCCCAUCGUCGAUGGUGUCGGAUGCAAACAAAACAGCUUGGGCGAAAGAAAAUUGGACAAAUUUAAAACGACUUGGUGGUGGUGGUGGUGGUCGUGGUAAUAGAGGUGGUGGUGGUCGAGGUAGUGGGUCUCAUUGGCAUCAACAGAGUAAGUGA